CUGCUUUCGCAGAGAGACAGGAGGCCGAUGAAAGGAGACUCCAUUUUUGACUUGUUCUCAGCCCUCAAUUUCUUCUUCUUCUCACAAAAAUAUAGCCAUUUAUGAGACUGCAAAAGCUUUUUUUUCACUGAAAAAAAAGUCAACCACCUCUUUGCUUUGCUUUGCUUCGCUUCUGAUCUGUUGGUUUUUUCUUUUCCUACUGUAAUCGGAAACAAUGCCUAUAGCAGAGAUCUUUCUCUCUGGCUUCUUCAAAUUGCUGUUUCAGAAGAUGACCUCUUUUGCCUCCUCCAAAUUACCAACCUUUGAAGGUAUUGGUGCCCAGCUGACCAAUUGGACCAAUAUGCUGUCUCAAAUUGAAGCUCUUCUGAUUGACGCCGAGGACAAGCAACUGACUGAUCGAGCCGUGAACCUGUGGCUCGACGAUCUCCAGGAUCUGGCAUAUGAUUUGGAUGAUUUAGUGGAUGAGUUCGCCACCGAAGCUUUGCGACACAAACUCAAGGCAAAGCCGUCCCAAGCUAGUUCGAGCAAGGUAUGGAACCUCAUCCCUAAUUUCAAGCCAACAGAUUUUAUCUUUAAUUUCAAAAUGAAGUCCAAGAUUGAGGAGAUCAAUACCAGAUUGCACAAUAGUUUUGAACAAUGUUCGAAACUUAAUUUGGUUAAGAUUGUUGGACCCACCACACCUACUAAGACUUGGCAAAGACCAGACUCUACAUCUAUAAUUGAUGAACCUCGUGUUUAUGGCCGAGAACACGAUCAGAGUAAGAUAAUUGAGUUGCUCGUAAAGGGGGAUGAACCAAGUCACAACAACGUCGGUGUAAUUCCCAUUGUGGGUAUGGGUGGGAUUGGCAAGACCACCCUAGCUCAGAUGGUGUACAAGGAUGAAACUGUGAAGGUGCAUUUCGAUUUGAAAGCAUGGGCUUGUGUAUCAGAUGAGUUUGACAUUCUGAGAAUAACAAAAGCUAUUUAUGAUUCAGUGACUUCCCAAACAUGUAGUUUUAAUAACUUGGAUCAAGCUCAAGUUCAACUGCAAAAGGCUUUGGCUGGAAGGAAGUUCUUGAUUGUUUUAGACGAUGUCUGGAACAAAAAAUACAGUGACUGGAAUGUUUUGAAAAAACCUUUCAGUGAUGGAGCCCAAGGGAGUAAAGUCGUGGUGACUACACGUAACAGAGAUGUUGCAAGAAUGAUGGGAGCUGUUGAACUUCAUGAUAUUGAGGUCCUAUCAAAUGAAGAUUGUUGGUUUUUGUUUGCACAACAUGCUUUUGAGCAUAGAAGUAUUGAUGCAAAUCCAAAUUUGGUAUCAAUAGGUAAGAAAAUUGUGGAGAAAUGCAAAGGUUUGCCCCUGGCUGCUAAGACACUCGGUGGCCUUCUACGUUGCAAAGAACGAGAUGAGGAAUGGGUAGAUGUAUUGUGUAAUAAAAUAUGGGAUUUAUCACACGAAGAAAGUGACAUCCUUCUAGCUUUGAGAUUAAGUUACCAUCAUCUCCCUUCGCAUUUGAAGCAGUGUUUUGCAUACUGCUCAAUAAUGCCCAAGGACUAUGAAUUUGAGGAAGAGGAGAUAGUCUUGUUGUGGAUGGCAGAGGGUUUCAUUCAGCCAAAAAGAGAGAAACAAAUGGAAGAUAUAGGAGGUGAGUAUUUUCGGGAAUUGUUGUCAAGGUCUUUUUUCCAACCAUCAAGUACCGGUAAAAGCUCUAAAUUUGUAAUGCACGACCUCAUCAAUGAUUUGGCUCAAGCAGUUGCAAGAGAUACUUGUUUUAGAUUGGAGGAUAGAUUGAAAUAUCAAGAGCAGUGCAAAAAUAUAAAGAAAGCUCGACAUUCAUCUUACAUGCAGGAGUACCAUGAGGGUAUGAAAAAAUUUGAGAUCUUUGACGAAGCCACGCAUUUACGGACCUUCUUACCAUUUUCCUUAAAAUCUAAUUCAUAUUUUUAUUUGGCAAGCAAUGUUCCCCUUACUCUAUUCUUGAAGCUAAGACGCUUGAGGGUGCUCAAUAUGAGUAGAUAUUACAUUACAGAAGUUCCAAAUUCGGUUGGAGAUUUAAAACAUCUGCGGUAUCUUAACCUAUCUCACACCUCCAUUGAAGAAUUACCUGAAUCACUAGGCUCUCUCUACAAUCUACAAACAUUGAUGUUAAGAGAAUGUAAAAAACUGAAAAAGUUGCCAUCAGACUUGGGAAACCUAAUUGAUCUACGUCAUCUCGAUACUACAAAUGCACAUUCCUUAGAAGAAAUGCCAUUGGGAAUAGGUAAGUUGGUUAAUCUUCAUACAUUGUCCAAUUUUAUUGUUACUAAAAACAAUGGGCUUGGGAUAAGAGAGUUGGGAAACUUAAUUUAUCUUCGGGGGAAGCUUUGCCUAUCUGGCUUACAGAACGUGGUGGUUCCAUUAGAUGCAAGGGAGGCGAAUUUAAAUGAUAAGAAGGGGUUAGAUGUGUUAUCAAUGGAAUGGAGUGUUAACUCAGAUGAUUCACGAGAUGGAAGAGUUGAAACAGAAGUGCUUGACAUGCUACAACCUCACAAGAAUUUAAAAGAGCUCCAUAUCAAAGGCUACCUUGGUCCAGGAUUUCCGACUUGGAUAGGAGAUCCUCUGUUCUCCAAUAUGGCUGACCUAAGUUUAGAUAAUUGUGGAAAUUGUGCAUCCUUGCCAUCACUCGGACAACUACCCUCCCUCAAAAAGCUUUACAUUAAAGGAAUGAGUGUACUAAAGGAUGUCGGUUGUGAGUUCUAUGGGCAAGGUGGUGUUCAACCUUUUCCGUUACUGGAGACUCUAAGCUUUGAGAAUAUGCUAGAAUGGGAGGAUUGGUAUACUUUUGGAGAUCACAAGGAAGUUCAACCAUUCACUCGUGUCAAGUAUCUCUCCAUAAUAGAAUGUCCCAAACUUCUUAAAAUGUUGCCCAAGGAUCUACCUUGUUUGAAUAAUCUAAAGAUUAGGAACUGCCCCAAACUCUGCGGAAUGUUGCCCAAGGAUCUACCUUGUUUGAAUAAGCUAAAGAUUUCAAGGUGCCCGCAAUUCCUAGUUGAAGGUUCCAGCGUUAGCCUCCCGUCACUCACCUCGAUAGCUAUGAAUGACGUUCCUCUAACAAGCCUUGAAGCGGUCCUUGAGAUGAGGAGUAUGGUCGAUGAUGAAGUGAUAUCGGCAAAUGCAAAGUCUAAGCAUCCGAGUUCAAUAACUUCCUUGAGCAUUGGGAUGAUUAAGAAACUUGAGCUCUUGCCGAAAUGGGUUACUCAUGGGCUAAUGGAAGUCGAGGAAUUGAACAUUAGAAGGUGUGAAGAACUCAAGACACUGUGGAAGAAUGAGGCGAGAGUGCAACACAGCUUCCCUGCAUUCCAACGUUUGGAAAUUGAAGACUGCCCCCAGCUUGUUUCAUUGUUUGAAGAAAAUGAGGAUGAAGAAAAUGAAGGGCAACAUCAGCAACAACAAGAAGGGGGACUCCCUAGCAUAGUGAGGCUUGAGCAUCUAACAAUAAUUAAUUGUGAAAAGCUGGAUAAACUGCCACGGCUGCUACAUACCUUCACUUUUCUUCGAGAGUUGUAUGUCUCUAACUGUCCGAGUCUCGGCUCUUUUCCGGAGACAGGUUUUCCCUGCACGCUGAAAGAACUUCAUAUAGAUGAUUGUGAGGCUCUGCAAUCCUUAUUCGGGUGGAGAACGCAGAUUAAUGACAAUAAUCUUGAAGUGUUACAGGUUUGGAGAUGUCCAUCCCUCACAUGCUUGAUAUCGUGCAGAGGUGGGGGGCUACCACCCAUACUCAAACACCUUGAGAUUGUGAAGUGUAAAAAGUUGGAGGCACUGCUAGUAGAGGAGGGGAUGGAAAUUAACUAUCCAUCUCUUGAGUCUGUUUGGAUCAGGGGUUGUGAUAGGCUCAAGUACUUGCCAGAUGCCCUUCCUAAUAAUAAUAAUCUCAGGAAUCUCAGUCGGUUGAUCUUGUAUAGGUGUAAGAAUUUGGAGUACAUUCCAGAAGGAUGGUUCCACUCCGCAACAAAUCUGAGACGGUUGGAUAUCAGGGGAUGCAAAAAACUGAAGGCCCUACCACACGGAUUGCAGAGCAUCAACUACCUCACUUCUCUUGAAGAGCUGGAGAUGGAUAUUUCACAAUGGAACAACAACUUCAAGAAGAUUGGUUUGCACAGUUUAUCCUCUCUUAAAAGACUAAGGUUGAGUGAAGGCAAAGAAGAAGAACAUCCGGUGGGUUCCAGCUUUCUGAUAGAUGGGAAGUUGCUGCCCACCUCUCUGAUCUAUCUUUGCAUCGAGGAAUUCCGAAAUCUGGAGAAGCUAUCUUCUAAGUUGUUUCAAAACCUUGCCUCUCUUGAACAACUUGACAUCGUUGGUUGCCCUAGGCUCAAAUCUUUACCAGUGCAAAGCCUGCCUCCCUCACUUGAGAGAUUGGUGAUCUGGAGAUGUCCGAGACUAACAGGGAAGUGUGAAAAGGGGAAAGGCAAAUAUUGGCCCCACUUAGCUCACAUUCCUGACGUCAACGUCGAUGAGUGAUCAACUCUCUGGAGAUUCCACCGCAAUACAAGCAAUCAAAUUGCCAGAAAUGUGCUUUCAAGGAUCUGAAUACAAAGAAAGGCUUCUUCCGAUAGAUUUCCUCAUCUGCUUUUAUUUCCCUAGGAAACCACAACAAAUGGAAGAGUUCUCAUUUCUUUCCAACUUCGUGCAUUUGUUCCUGGAUAUCCUGUCCAUCCAGUGAUUGUUCGCUAUCCCCUUGUACACUUUGACCAAUCCUGGGGAAAUAUAUAACUUGCAUCAUAUGGCCUUUCAUUUUGUUUAGGGGAAAUAUAGCUUUGGGAAAGCUCAUGUUUAGAAUGUUCAGAGUUUCACAAUUUCAUGGAGGUAGAGUAUCUUCCUAUUUUUUUACCCCUUGAAAAUCAGUAGGAAAAUGCUCCCAUUUUGCUCAGAGGGUCGCUGGCUGGUUCGGGCUCUGCUUGCAUGAAAGUUUUACGCUCUGUUAUGUAAGAUAGUAGCCAACACGGUACUGAUAAAACUGCCGGAACUCUAGUUGAUCAAGCCGAGGCUCGUAUAUCACUUCCUGGGACUUCACCUAAGCUGAAAGCUAUAGAGAUUGCAGCAGCCUACAAUUCCCUGUCUGUUGGAAUGGGUUAUUUUGGAAGCUCUAUGGAGCGGCCUAAGGUCUCAAUUUUUAGGACUACAAAACAGCAAAAUAGGACCGACACUGACCAGUUUGCUGCACGAAUUGAUGUUGGUGGAAGUAAAGGAUAAAAUAUUGUGUGCGCUAAGAUUUUGAUAAGAAAUUUAAAAUUUGAAAGUAAAUCAAAUUGAUUUAUUUAUUUUCUUCUUUCAAGUGACUCGUCAUGUUUCAAAUGGUUAUUAAGGCAAACCUAAAACCUGAAAGGUGUUCAUUUUUA